CCGAGGGAGGAUGGGAUUGUUUGGAGGGUGAGAGCUGAGUCGUGCCACAGUCGGAGGCAGACGUCGAAGCUGCACGGCUGUGCCUGUGUGUGUACGUGUGUAUGUGUGUGUGCCUGCACGCAUAAUGCUCCCGAUUGGAUGUUAAUUCCCCGCUCCUGAUCGGACUUAAAGAGGACAGCUGGGUUGUCUUUUGUUUUUUUGUUUUUUUUCCGGUGGGUGCAUACUGGGAGUUCUGCAAGGGAAUCAUCGCAACACUAUUAAUAAUAAAAGAUGGUGGGUGGUAUGUCGGGGAGUCUGGGGGGAUAAUCUUACACCACGCUUGAGCGAUGUUCUGCAGGAUUCUCUGUGUGGUCACAAAGGCUUUUCCCACUCGCUAAUGGACCGAUGGGGGGACGUGGCGGUGGCUUGUCAUGCUUGAAUCCCAUCACCGCGUCCCAGACCUUCUUGGUGACCGCUGCCAUAUCCGAAGAAUACCCCCCUCCACCUUCACCCCCCACACCUUCCCUUUGCCCCCUAAUCACGCAACCAUCCAAUACAUCCCUGAUCUGUACUUCUGGCUGCUCGAGUGUAUUCAACCCCUCUGACGUAUAAAUGAGCUCCCUGACAUCCUCGUUGCUCUGCCUUCAUCCCCUGAGCCCCUCUAUAUUCUGGCAUGUUCCAUCAGCGGGGUUGAACCCCCUUUCACUCUCCCAUUCCCCAUCCUCGUCCCAAUCUCCUGUCCUCUGACCCCUACCCUUUUCACCCUCUUUCCCCCAAACUCCUUUCCCCCCCAUGACCAUGUUGCCAUGUGUCUGCUGGCUCCAGCCUGUCCUCAUGGUGCUGACUUCUGUGUUCUGGACCCGGGGGGAGAACUGCCCAGCGACCUGCCUCUGCCCGGACCCCCACACGGUGGACUGCAGUGGCCGCGGGCUGACCCACCUCCCAGACGAGAUCCCCCUGGAUGUUCGCCGGCUCCUGCUGGCUGACAACUGGAUACCCCGCAUCCCUUCUGACUUCCUGGUUCUGUACAGUGACUUAGUGUAUUUGGACUUACGGAACAAUACGCUCUCAUACAUCGAACCGGGCACUCUUAGCACCUCCUCCAGGCUGGUCUUCCUGGAUCUUGGCAGCAACAACUUGACGGAAAUCCCAAAGGGCACGUUCGGGGAGUCCCGGAGCUUGAUCAAACUGAGACUGGGUAACAACCCCUACCUGAGCAUGGUGAAUGAAGACGCCUUCCUGGGCCUCACCUCGCUCCGGGAAUUGGAACUGGAGCGUAAUGCACUGUCAAGCCUCAAGGUGGGUGCGCUAAGUCAGCUGCCCUCCCUGCGGGUGGUGAGGCUGGAGGGCAACCCUUGGGUGUGCAACUGCAACUUUGCCAACCUGUUUGCGUGGCUCAUGGAGAACAGUCAUAAGCUUCCCAACGGAGUGGAAGGCAUGGAGUGCUCCCUCCCCAUGGACGGUCGGCGCGUGUCCCUGACCCAGCUCUCCAAGGACAGCUUCCGCGAGUGCCAGGCCAGCCUGACUCUGACGGAUCUACUCAUCAUCAUUUUCUCGGGCAUCUCUGUGUCUGUGGUAGCCAUCAUGACCAGCUUCUUCCUGGCUUCCACAGUCCACUGCUUCCAGCGCUGGAGUAAAGGUUCCAAGGGUGACGAAGAGGAGAGCGAGGAGUGAUGAGGAUCUACCUUUACAAAAGGCUCGUCUCAUCUGGCUGUUUCUGGCGUGGACUCCACAGACAAAAGUAUGCGACGCGGCGACAGAUUUGUGCUGCCUAUUCCUGGUGAAGGCCCAGGACUUUUUUUUUUUUUUAAUGGAAUGAUCUC